AGCACCUCCGUGCAUGGCCUGCUAUGCCGCCUUUGGGGACUUGAUUUCCUUUUUUUACUCAUCCAGCUCCUCAAUCACCCACACUCUCUUUCACUAUGUUUAUUUAUAUAUGCCGCAGCAGCCCUUGCAAAUUAUCCAAUUAUAAUUAUUCAUAUAUGACUUGAGGCAUAUAACACGCUGGCAAGUUACUCUUAGGCCUUGGCUCAUUAUUCAUGGAAAAUGCAAAGGCAAACAACCCAGAAAAUGGUUCAGUAGUUGCUGAUAAUAGUCUCAGAGAUGAUGCUGGUGCAGCUUUUGUUCUUGAAUCUAAAGGGGAAUGGUAUCAUGCUGGGUAUCAUUUGACAACUGCGAUAGUAGGGCCAACAGUACUGGCGUUGCCGUUUGCGUUUAGAGGGAUGGGCUGGGCGCUGGGAUUCUUCUCCUUGACUGUGAUGGGUGCUGUUACUUUUUAUGCUUACUAUCUCAUGUCACUUGUGCUUGAUUACUGUGAAAAUUCCGGGCGUCGCCACAUCCGAUUUCGUGAACUUGCUGCUGAUGUAUUAGGGUCUGGAUGGAUGUUUUAUUUUGUUGUAUCAAUACAAACGGCAAUCAAUUUUGCAGUAUCAGUGGGAUGCAUUUUGCUUGCGGGAAAUUGCCUCCAGAUCAUCUACAGGUUAAUCACUCCGACCGGAUCCAUAAAAUUGUAUGAAUUCAUUGCAAUGGUGACAGUAGUAAUGAUGCUUCUCUCUCAAAUGCCGACCUUCCACUCUCUCAGGCAUAUCAAUCUAGGUUCACUUCUUCUCUGCUUAGGCUUCUCUUUUCUUAUUACAGGGGCUUGCAUCUAUGCAGGUUCCUCAAAGAAUGCACCUCCGAGGGAUUAUUCUCUAGCAAACUCAUCAUCGUCAAAGCUUUUCGGUGCAUUCACUUCCAUCUCUAUAAUAGCUGCCAUAUUUGGAAAUGGGAUACUGCCUGAGAUACAGGCAACACUGGCGCCACCAGCCACUGGGAAGAUGGUGAAGGGCCUAACACUGUGUUAUUUGGUAAUUUUUGUCACUUUCUGCUCUGUUGCAAUUUCGGGCUACUUGGUAUUCGGGAACAAAUCCAGUCCAAACAUUCUGAAUAACUUACUGCCCUUUGAAGGACCGUCAUUGGCUCCAAAAUGGCUUAUAGCACUUACAGUUAGCUUUGUUAUUCUUCAACUCUUUGCCAUUACCCUGGUUUACUCUCAAGUAACAUACGAGAUCAUGGAAAAGAAAUCUGCUGAUGUGAAGAAAGGAUUGUUCUCCAAAAGAAACUUAAUCCCACGGAUCAUGCUUCGCUCACUCUACAUGCUAUUAUGCGGCCUUUUUGCUGCAAUGCUGCCAUUUUUUGCAGACAUCAGUGCUGUAGUUGGAGCAGUUGGCUUCAUUCCUCUAGAUUUCAUUCUUCCAAUGCUUUUAUACAACAUGACUUUCAAGCCUUCCCGAUCUUCCUUCAUGUAUUGGUUUAACAACACAAUUAUGAUAGUCUUUACAUGUGUGGGACUCUUGGGCGCAUUCUCUUCAAUACGACAGUUGGUUCUUGAUGCCAAGACAUUCAAGCCCUUUUCUGAUUAGUUGGAGUAGAUCCUCUUGUAACUCUGUCACUUCAUUAGUGUAAUUUUUGAUCUUCAGAGUCUCUGCAAUAUUGUUUUAGCUAAUUCAAGCUGCAGAGCAUAGUAAAUAGGUUGGUUCUUGUACUUAAAAUUAGUUCUGUAAAAUUCUGUACUUGGAUUUUGUAUAGAAGGAUUUAAGUUUCUGUUAAGUUCUAACUCCAGUUCUUGUAUAAAAGGAUGAGGAAUUUAUUUAUGAUCA